AUGGCGACGGACGCACUUCGGAUGGGAGCACUCACGGGGUGCCUCCGACUUAUAGCCCUGGCCACCAUCACCGCCAUUAUCGCGCAGGCCAUGGGCCAACUCACCCUCAACUUGUCCCCCGGUGUGUUGACGGCGGACCUCACGUAUGCGCAGUUGGGUGUCGCGAGCGGCGUCCUGACCAUUCUCUCUCUGCCCCUGAUCCUUCUCUAUGACAUGGCGCAAGAGAAGCCUUACAGCGCUACGGUCAUCUUGGAGCUUGUCUGGAUGCUCCUCUUGGUGGUCCUCUGGAUUGUCGCCGGCGUUAAGACUAUGGGCAUAACCGGGUCGAUGUUCAAGAACUGCAGCAGCUUCACGAAUGCAACCCUUCAGGGUCUCUGCGGGGACGCACAAACCCUCGUAAUUUUCGCGCUUCUGUCGGCGGGUAUCUUGGCCCUGUACACCGCCGCGCUCACGUUCGUAGCCGUCGGCAGCUCGUCUCAGGGCAAGCCCAUCUGGACGCACUUCUCCAUGCCCGGCGCGAAGAGGCACUGA